UAGUGUCAACACCUCUUGCGUUCAACUUUUCCAGAUUCUCCUUCAAAAAUGGCGAAACAAACUGAGAUCACAGAAGAACAGCUGAAAAUUCAACACAUGAAACAACUCAGUGUCGAUGAACUGAAGAUGUUAUUGGAGAUAAAUGAAGAAAUUCUUUCCAGCGAGAACGAAGAUGAGAACGCCAAAACCAAGGCAAAAAUUGAAAUACACGAUUUGAAACAAGAACUGAAUUCUCGGGAAUUUUUGGAAGAUUUGAAAGAAACAUUCGCUUGGGCUUCAGCCAAUGAAAAAGUUAUCAGUGGUUCUAUCGGCACUCAAGCAAUAGAAGCGAAGAUCAAAUAUUUACAAUUAUCUAAUCAGUUAUAAGUUUUUUAAUUGAGUUGGUGUUCACACCCGUAUUCAUACCCCAAUUGCAUUUUUAUUAUAUUCAGUUAGUUCUUAAGUGUAGCUUGAAAAUGUUCAUAACACUCACUCGACAAUUGAGAAUGGCAAAUGGAGAAGAUGCAGUUGGUACAAGAAGGAAGAUGUCCAUGUUCGAUAGGAUCUAAAGUUUUUUUCAUUCAAUUUAGUUUUAGUUUAAAAAUAUUCAUUGUAUUAUUUUACA